AUUCGAGUCUUCCCAACUUUAUCUCGUACUGGUUUGUAUCGGCUGUUGGGAGAUUUAAAUUUUGAAUUCACUAAAAGACAGCGUAAUAGUGCACUAACAGAGAGGGAAGAUCUUAUAAGGUGGCGCAGGAAAUUCAUUACAAAUAUAAGGCUCUAUAGAAGUGAAGGUCGAACAAUUUAUUAUCUCGAUGAGACGUGGGUCAAUGCAGGUGAGUGUGCAAAUAAAGUGUGGGUCGACAAAACCGUAACAUCGAGUCGUGAUGCUUUUUUGAAAGGACUGACUACGGGACCCAAAAAUCCAACAGGUAAAGGAAAACGAUUGAUUGUGGUACAUAUAGGUUCAUCAAACGGUUUCGUCGAGGGUGGUCUACUGUGUUUUGAAUCAAAAAAAAAUACAGCAGACUACCACGACGAAAUGAACGGUGAUUCCUUUUAUGAUUGGUUUUGUGGAAUUUUACCGCUGUUGGACGAUAAUUCAAUUAUCGUAAUGGAUAAUGCGUCUUACCACUCGGUCAAGCUGGAUCCCGCACCAACAAUGGCUUGGAAGAAAAAUAAAAUCAUUCAGUGGUUGGAGGAUAAGAAUGUAGUAGUUGACACGAAAAUGAUUAAACUAGGCUUAAUCGAUAAGGUAAAAGAGAUUCGAGCCACUGAAAAGUAUGUUAUUGUUGAAAAAGCAAUGGAAACAAAUAAAAUUGUCCUGCGUUUGCCACCUUACCACUGUGAGUUGAACCCAAUAGAAUUGGCAUGGUCUGUGGUAAAAAAUCAUGUGAAGCAGAAUAAUACUACGUUCAAAUUAAAUGAUGUACGGCAAUUGCUGAUCGAUGGUGUUCAACGAGUUACUCCGGAAAUGUGGGCCAAUUUUGUAAAACACACAAUUAAAGAAGAGGAUAAGAUGUGGGGUAUUGAGACCAUUACCGAUGAAAUGCUUGAUGAACUAGUUCCAACAUCUCAACAUGUUCUAACGAUCACAGGAGAAACGAGUACCGAUUCCUCAGAUUGA